UGCUCUGCGGCUCUGGUGGCUGUUUCGAACCCAGGCGCCAGGCACGCACGUCCAAUCCGGAGCCCGGGGCAGGUCCCCGCUGACAGUCCCCGUCACCCCGGGCAACCACCGGCACCGGAGACCCGGCCCUUUAAGGCGCUCUAGCUUUACCGCCGACUUCGUUUCGCGCGCCCGCCCGCGGCGCCGGCGGAGCGAACAUGGCCCAGGUGGCUCGGGUUGCGCGGACGCUCUGGCUCUGCCGGUGCGCCCCGGCCUGGAGGCUGGGCGGCUGCUCCCAGUCACAGGUCCCCGUGCAGCGCCGGGCUGGCUUCUGGGGGGCCGCGAGAAGUCCUGGCCCCGCUGCUGCUGGCCGCCCGGGGAGCCGGCGGCUGCUGGGGGCAGCUGCGUUGGCCCUGGGGGGCGCCCUGGGACUGUACCACACGGCGCGGUGGCACCUGCGCGCCCAGAACCUUCAUGCCGAGCGCUCAGCUGCUCAGCUCUCCCUGUCCAGCCGCCUGCAGCUGACGCUCUACCAGUACAAGACCUGCCCCUUCUGCAGCAAGGUCCGCGCCUUCCUCGACUUCCACGCCCUGCCCUACCAGGUGGUGGAGGUUAACCCCGUGCGCAGGGCUGAGAUCAAGUUCUCCUCCUACAGGAAGGUGCCCAUCCUGGUGGCUCAGGAAGGAGAGAGCUCGCAACAGCUAAAUGACUCCUCUGUCAUCAUCAGUGCACUCCAGACCUACCUGCUGUCGGGGCAGCCUCUGGACGAGAUUAUCACCUACUACCCACCCAUGAAGGCCGUGAAUGACCGGGGCAAGGAGGUGACCGAGUACUGUAACAAGUACUGGCUCAUGCUGGACGAGAAGGAGGCCCAGCGAGCGUAUGGCGGCAAGGAGGCCAGAACGGAGGAGAUGAAGUGGCGGCAGUGGGCGGACGACUGGCUGGUGCACCCCAUCUCCCCGAACGUGUACCGCACACCCGCCGAGGCCCUGGCCUCCUUCGACUAUAUCGUCCACGAGGGCAAGUUCGGGGCCGUGGAGGGCGCCGUGGCCAAGUACGUGGGUGCAGCUGCCAUGUACCUCAUCAGCAAGCGACUUAAGAGCAGGCACCACCUCCGGGAGGACGUCCGGGAGGACCUCUACGAGGCCGCCAAUAAGUGGGUGGCCGCCGUGGGCAAAGACCGGCCCUUCAUGGGGGGCCAGAAGCCGAACUUGGCAGAUCUGGCGGUGUACGGCGUGCUGCGGGUGAUGGAGGGCCUGGAGGCCUUCGAGGACCUGAUGCGGCACACGCGCAUCCAGCCCUGGUACCUGCGGGUGGAGAAGGCCAUUGCCGAGGGCGCCCUGCUGCACUGAGCCUCCCGCCUGGAGGGAGAGGCAGAGGACACGCUGCCCCAGGGAUCUGGGCCUCCAGGCCGGCGGCCCUGGCAGAGCGCUGUGCUGGGAGGCAGGGUCCUCUGCCCCUUACCCACCUUGCUUCCGAGGCUGACCGUCUGCUGGGGCCAAAGGGUGGUGGGACAGGGCGCAGGCUCAGUGUCCACUCACACCCCGAGGGUCAUGGUGGGACUACUGCCCCUGCCCCUCCGGCCCAGGCCCUGGGAGCUGACCUGCUCUCCAGCUGUCUCCUGGAGCUCAUGACGGCCACGCUGCGGCUUCGCCACACCCCUUGGAUGGGCACAGACGGGCUCCCGCCUUGGCAAGGGCACCAGGAGGCCCCGGCCUGCCCUCCCCCCGACGCUGGCUCUUCCUGAGCGCCCCCAGGCGUGUGUCUCCUGGAUUAUGUUCACAAUAAAGGUUUGCUGGCCCCCCGUGGUGGGCUGUCCCUCAGGGCGGCAUCAGAGUGGGCCCAUGCCA